AAGUCACCUCACAGACUGAAACAGACCCGCUCUGAAAAACACACCCAUUCUCCACAGUAACUCUACGCUAUUCUGGUAUCGCCUGGUCCGUGAAAAAAAUGAUUGUCUGGCUGUCACAAAACAUACAGGAGACACAGAUGGGCGUGACGUGUGGGGAAGAACAGGGACAGGAGAAAGGAGGGAUAAAGUUGGGGUGACGCAGAGAGUUUGGGGCACAACAAAACCUGAAAGGUGGAGAGGAUAGAGGAGCUGGAGAGCAGAACAUAGAGUGUGAUGGAGGAUAGAAGAAGGUGGGGAUAAGGUGGAAACAAAAGAGGGGUAAAAAAAAAAAAAGGUUUGAGGCAAAAAAAGUUAGUAAAAUGGGGAAAAACAGCCAAAGAUGAGCCAGGAUGUAGUCGGGAAACUCACGGUGAGAAUGUGGGGUGCCCAUGUGUUUUUUGGCUGUGUGUGAAAUGUGUGUCUUUAGAUACAGGCAGCAUUCCUCCAGAGAUAAACCCCUGGGCCCCCCGUCCCCUCAACCCACACCCUCCCCAGUCUCUCCACCCACCAUGCUUACUCAAGUGUGUGUGUCUGGGCGUGUGCGUAUGUGUGUGUGUGUUCGUGUUUACGUUGGACGGGGGUCUGCGUGCCCUGUACCACAGCACUUGCAGGGGGCAACAGAAAAGACAGCUGUGUGUUUGAGAGAAACCGAAAACGUAAGAAAGAGAGUGGAGGGCCAACAGGCAUGCCAGUCAAGACCGUCACUUUUGGAGCAGAUGCUGGCAACAGUUUUCUCCGAGCGGCCCGUUCUGGCAACCUGGACAAGGCCCUGGACCAUAUCAAAAACGGCAUUGAUAUAAAUACAGCCAAUCAGAAUGGGCUCAACGGGCUGCAUCUGGCCUCGAAAGAAGGCCACGUUAAAAUGGUGCUGGAGCUACUCCACAAUGGCAUCGUGCUGGAGACCACCACAAAGAAAGGGAACACGGCCCUGCACAUUGCAGCCCUGGCAGGGCAGGAGCAGGUGGUCACAGAGCUGGUUAACUACGGGGCCAAUGUCAACGCUCAGUCCCAGAAGGGUUUCACUCCACUCUACAUGGCUGCACAAGAAAACCAUCUAGAGGUUGUGAAGUUUCUUCUGGAGAACGGAGCCAAUCAGAGCAUUCCAACUGAGGAUGGAUUCACUCCUCUCGCUGUGGCUCUUCAGCAGGGACAUGAGAAUGUCGUAGCCCUGCUCAUCAACUAUGGCACUAAAGGAAAAGUCCGCCUCCCUGCGCUGCACAUUUCAGCACGCAACGACGAUACUCGCACAGCCGCAGUGCUUCUGCAGAAUGACCCUAAUCCUGAUGUACUCAGCAAGACUGGAUUCACACCCCUCCACAUUGCUGCACACUAUGAAAACUUGAACGUAGCUCAACUGCUGCUCAAUAGAGGAGCCAAUGUCAACUUCACCCCAAAGAACGGCAUCACUCCUCUGCACAUUGCAGCAAGACGGGGGAAUGUCAUUAUGGUCCGACUGCUGCUGGACAGAGGGGCUCAGAUUGAUGCCAAGACCAAGGAUGAGCUGACUCCUCUGCACUGUGCAUCCAGAAACGGUCAUGUGAGGAUUAUAGAGAUCCUGCUGGACCAUGGAGCGCCCAUCCAGGCAAAGACCAAGAAUGGCCUGUCUCCAAUCCACAUGGCAGCACAGGGGGACCACAUGGACUGCAUCAAGCAGCUUCUUCAGUACAAUGCAGAGAUUGAUGAUAUCACACUGGACCACCUUACCCCUCUGCAUGUGGCGGCACACUGCGGCCACCACCGCAUGGCCAAAGUACUGCUGGACAAAGGGGCCAAACCCAACUCUCGGGCAUUGAAUGGCUUUACUCCUUUGCAUAUUGCUUGUAAAAAGAGCCACAUGCGUGUGAUGGAUCUCCUGCUUAAACACUCUGCAUCAAUAGAGGCUGUGACUGAGUCUGGCCUGACCCCCUUGCAUGUGGCAUCAUUUAUGGGUCAUCUCAACGUUGUGAAGAUCUUGCUGCAGAAAGGAGCUUCACCCAGUGCCUCCAACGUGAAAGUGGAGACUCCUCUUCAUAUGGCAUCUCGGGCAGGACACUAUGAGGUUGCGGAGUUUUUACUGCAGAACGCAGCACCGGUGGAUGCCAAAGCCAAGGAUGACCAAACACCUCUGCAUUGUGCGUCUCGGAUGGGCCACAAGGAGCUAGUGAAACUGCUUCUGGAGCACAAAGCCAACCCCAACUCCACCACCACAGCAGGCCACACACCCCUACACAUCGCUGCCCGGGAAGGUCACGAACAAACUGUACGCAUCCUACUAGACAUGGAGGCUCAGCAGACCAAGAUGACCAAGAAAGGCUUUACUCCGCUCCAUGUGGCCUCCAAGUACGGCAAGGUGGAUGUAGCAGAGCUGUUGUUGGAGAGAGGAGCCAACCCUAAUGCUGCUGGGAAGAAUGGUCUGACUCCGCUGCAUGUUGCUGUACAUCACAACAACCUGGAUGUUGUCAACUUGCUUGUCAGCAAAGGAGGGUCGCCUCAUAGUGCAGCCAGGAAUGGCUACACCGCUCUCCACAUAGCAUCAAAGCAGAACCAGGUGGAGGUGGCGAACAGCCUGCUGCAGUACGGAGCUUCGGCUAAUGCUGAGUCUCUUCAGGGAGUCACACCUCUCCACCUGGCCUCGCAGGAAGGAAGGCCCGACAUGGUCUCCCUGCUCAUCUCCAAACAGGCCAACGUCAACCUUGGAAACAAGAGUGGAUUAACCCCGCUCCAUCUGGUGGCACAGGAAGGACAUGUUGGCAUCGCAGAUAUCUUGGUGAAGCAAGGGGCUUCAGUCUACGCUGCCACACGGAUGGGCUACACCCCUCUCCAUGUAUCGUGUCACUAUGGCAACAUCAAGAUGGUGAAGUUCCUUGUGCAGCAACAAGCCAAUGUCAACAGCAAAACAAGGCUUGGUUACACUCCUCUGCACCAGGCGGCCCAGCAGGGACACACAGACAUUGUGACACUGUUGCUGAAGCACGCAGCUGAGCCCAACGAGAUAACAACUAAUGGUACUUCAGCCCUGGCCAUUGCUAAGAGGUUGGGCUACAUCUCUGUGAUUGAUGUCCUGAAGCUCGUCACUGAGGAGACGAUUUCCAUGACGACCACAGAGAAACAUCGCAUGAGUUUCCCAGAAACGGUGGAUGAGAUUCUGGACGUAUCUGAGGAUGAAGGAGAGGAGCUCUUGGGGACAGAAGGGGCCAGGUACAUGAAGAUGGAUGACAUGAAAGACCAUGAUGACGAUUUCCUCUCCCCCAAGAAAUCACUGGAGUACGAGAGAGGGCUGGGCUCAGCGAAUUACUCACCAGCUAUUCCCCGGAUCCCCCGAGUCUCUCCGGAGACUGUCAUCCUGAAAGAACACGAGAUAGAUCAGCAACACACUCCACUUCCACUGCCCAAAGAAUAUGAUGACGACUCACUGAUUCCUAGCAGCCCAGCGACUGAGACGUCAGACAAUGUCAGCCCAGUCGCUAGUCCCAUACACACAGGGUUCCUGGUCAGUUUUAUGGUAGAUGCUCGGGGCGGCUCAAUGCGAGGCAGCAGGCAUAACGGUCUGCGUGUCAUCAUACCUCCACGGACCUGUGCGGCACCCACCCGCAUCACCUGCCGCCUGGUGAAGCCGCAGAAGCUGACCAGCCCCCCUCCGCUGGUGGAGGGAGAGGGGCUGGCCAGCAGAAUCAUCUCCCUGGGGCCAGCCGGGAUGCAGUUCCUGGGACCGGUGAUAGUGGAGAUCCCCCACUUUGCUGCUCUGGGUCGAGGUGACCGGGAGCUGGUGGUGCUGAGGAGCGAGAAUGGCGCAGUCUGGAAAGAACAUCGCAAUCGCUACGGCGACGAGGUGCUAGAAACAAUCCUCAACGGGAUGGAUGAAGAAUUAGAAAGUCAAGAGGAGCUGGGGAAGAAGCGAAUCCGUCGCAUCAUCUCCACCGACUUCCCUCUUUACUUUGCUGUUGUAUCACGAGUCCAGCAAGAGAGCGACUUGAUUGGACCAGAGGGAGGUUCGCUGACAAGUAAACUGGUGCCAUUGGUCCAGGCCUCGUUUCCUGAGACGGCAGUCACCAAACGAGUCCGCCUGGGGCUGCAGGUGAGAUGGGACGAUGUGGAGAAAGAAGGAGAAGAAAGACAGAAUCGUUAAUGCCUGUGUUGCCUGCAAAAUAAAAAAGCAUGUUCGAUGUACUUUGAUGGAAUGACCUGAUGCUGAGUUUUCCUGAUUAUAGUUUUUCUGUGGUUUGUUUAUUUAGCUUUUUUAGAGGACCUUUUUAUUUCAACAAUGCAUGCACUUGGCACCUUUAUACAACUGUGGACUGCUUAUUUAGUGCUGACAUGUAAUUGUUUGUUUAUCUUGAUGUCUUUCUCACUAAUGUAUUUAUGUCACUGACAAAGCUCUGCAUUUACUAUAUUUAACACAUUCAUUUGAGAUGCCUUAGCAGUUAGUCAUUAACAUUACUUGAUGGAAAAUCAAAAGACAUGUUUGUAUGAGUUUAUACUUACAGUCUAGAGGUUUUGGUAUCAUAAAUAUGUUAAAGGGUUUUCUUUUUAUAAGAACUUAAGUGCUGUCCCACAUAAAAAGGGGUGACGGUUGAGCACCUGAUCUUUAAUCUUAGUUAUAUAACUCUUGGUUGAAGCUUUUAUGCCCCCUUUAGUGUGUACGGCUACACUUUUCAGGUCUUGACAUUUUCUCAAACAUACACACCAAAGACAAGAGAAAUAUUGUAUUAGCACACUUCACCGCUUUCUUUACACAAGAAUCUGAUACUUAUUCAGCCCUCACUUUCUGAUCUCCUGCCCCAACAUCCUGUUUCAAAAUAAAACAACAAAUCAAGGACAUAUUGAUACAAUUUCAACUGUUGGCUGUAAGAUCAAAAUCAGAACAUUUGGGAAUGGGAUUUUUUAAUAUGGAUAAAUUGCAGAUUUCUUUUUUUUCAGUUUCCAAUUUCUGUAAGUUUUCUAAACAAAAAGUAAAUUAAAUAUCAUUCAUUAUUCAUAUUUAUGGAUAUGUUUGUUGCACCAUUUUCUCAGAUUUGUAGGUCAGCAAUUUAUGAAUUGUAAUUAUCAGAUGGAGACUUGUAAUUAUCAGAUGGAGACUUGUAAUUCCAAUGACAGAAUCUGUUUCAGUAAACCAAAUGAAAGUAGCUACAGUAUGAAUGGACCUUCAGCUGCGUGUUUCAACAGCUAUCCUUUAGACACAUGAAUGAAUUUAUGACAAGCUAAAUAUGACUUGUAAACUAACAAGCCACCACACAUGCCGUAACCUUGAAGAUGAAAAUAGUGAAUGUAACUGAAUGUAAGUAAAAUAGAUAUGGUUAGAAUUUUCUAUUAACAUAUCUUUUAGGAAUAUAUCUAUUUAGCUCAAAUGUUGCUGUAGAAAUCAUGUCAUGAAUGGCCUUGUGAAAAACCACAGUGCCUUUUUCUUUGAUAUCCAUUUUGUAUUAAUGAUUGUAAAAGCUUCAUGUUAACACACAUUGUCCCAUUUUACAAUAAAAAAGAGUUAUUAAGUCCUACAUCCAA